GAUAUGUGGGAAAAACGUAAGUUGUCGAAGCAGCAUAAUCAGUGGAAGUAUAAUGAAUGGUGUAAAGCAGGGUCAUUGUUGGAUAAGGCCCUGCUAACUGGUGAUAUAGCCUAUGUUCAUUUGGCAAGACAGGUUGUUAUGGAAAGGGCAUAUAUGGUGAGAGUUGCUGAUGAAGAUGGAUGGGAGGUUGCAUCUAAGAUGGCAACUACAGACUUGUCGGACCCAAUGUCUGAAAUUUUAGGAAGUAAACGUGAAAGAGCUAGAUUAGCAACACAACAUUUCCUAAAGCCAAUAAACCAAACUAUCUCACCGGUUCAGACCCCUAUCUUUCAAAUGGGCGGUGUUUCCAUGACACAAUUCACACAAAUGCAACCAUAUGUUUAUCAACCGGGAUUUUACCAACAAUUCUCAAACCAGCCGGCACCACAGCAGGGUUUUAGUCCGAAUGCGGCACUACCAUCUUUGGGGCAGCAACGAUCAUACUCCCCAUCACCAUACUGGCCAAAAAAGGGUGAUAAAAACAAAUGGUCCAAAGGAAAGGAGGUGGUUUGUUAUUUGUGUGAAGGAAAAGAGCAUUUUGCUAAUGAAUGUAGUUCUAGAAAGCAUCUUGUAUGUGACAGGGAGGAUUCACGGUCGGACAAAAAUAAAAUAUUUGAAGAAAAUAAUAAGACCGUCUCAGGUGGUGUUAAGGUGGUUAAAGGAGGGAAUUCCUUUGUUUUUGAGAAAUUUAAUGUGUUUAGUGACCAGUUCAAACCCGAGGCCCUAUCGUUUUAUACAGGAGGAGAUGCUUUGGUUGAAAAAGGAGUUGCAAAGAUCGGAGAUUGCAGGGGCUAUAGUAAAGGUUGGCGAGAGAAUUGUCUGUCCAACUGGUCUUCUGGAAGUAAGCCCAGUGUUUCUAGUUCCAAAACAGAGCCCUGA